ACCGGAAGACUUCUCUUCAUUUUCACCAGAGAUCAACAACGCAUUUAGCUAGCUAUGUAACUUCAUCCACCAUGUCAGAAGUACACUUUGAUUAGCCAGCAGAGAGACUACUACUCCAUCACUCGACUGUCCAUUCACUUCAGGACUGGCAAAAGUCGGACCGAAGAAAUCUACCCUGCAAGCUAGCUAACCACAGUAUACGUCCCGGGACUCAAGUGAGAGGAGCAACAUGCCCAAGGACUCCGACAAACCUGGGGAUGGAGAGGACAGAACUGACUCCUCUGAACAGUCCCAUAGUAAGAGAGUCUGGAGAGGCACACCGAGUCCUCACAGAGGGAACACCCCACAAUCCAGCCCGCCAAGAUUUGUGUCAACGGAGGAGCUCAUGGAGACGGCGAAAGGUGUGACCAACAUGGCCCUGGCCCAUGAGAUCGUAGUGAAUACUGACUUCCAGGUGAAGCCCUCGGAGCCAGCAGAAGGAAGUUUGGAAAAAAGGGUGAAGGAUAUUAUGCAUAAAGCAUUCUGGGACGUUCUAGAGGCACAACUGAGUGAGAACCCGCCAUCAUAUAAUCACGCCAUCAAACUUCUUGCUGAGAUCAAAGAGACUCUGCUGUCCUUUCUGCUUCCGGGUCAUGGUCGGUUGAGGGGGCGAAUUGAGGAGGUGCUAGACCUCUCUCUGAUCCAGCAGCAGGCAGAGAACGGAGCUCUGGACAUCAGUAAGGUGGUUGAGUUUGUCAUUGGUAUGAUGGGUUCACUCUGCGCUCCGAGCCGAGACGAGGAAAUCAGGAAGCUUCGGGAAAUCACAGAUCUUGUGCCUCUAUUAAAGGCGAUAUUUCCAGUGAUGGAUAAAAUGAAACUUGAUAUGGCCAAUUUUGCAGUCAGCAGUAUUCGACCCCACCUCCUGCAGCAAUCCGUUGAGUACGAACGGAAGAAAUUCCAGGAGUUUGUUGAAAAACAACCCAACGCCUUAGACUUUACUGAGAAGUGGCUUCAAGACUCUGCCAAGUCUGUACUUCAUGAAGAUCAAGCGGGUGGUGCGGGUGGUUUACCCACUCCUCUCGCUGUGCACAACCAUGCUUACCUGAGUCUGCUUAAAUGGAACCACGCCUCUGAUCCUUUCCCUGAGACUCUUCUCAUGGACCAGGUGCGUUUCCAGGAAAUGCAGCAGGACUUGGAGCAGCUGGUUCUGGUGGCGUCUGUGCUGCUCAUAGUGUACAACACCACGGGAGAGGCCAUCUCAGGCCUGCCAGGCCUUAUGGACAGACUGAAGAGGACCAUCGGGGUUCUGCUCACAGAGAUGCACAUGCCGUCUUUCAUUGCAGAUGAAGCCUUGGCUACCAUUGGAGAGAGGAUGUGUGUGGAGCUAAGUGGACGUCUGUCUGAGCAUGGCUUCUCCCCGUUCUCCACCAACCGGCAGAGCAUUCUGAAAGGCCAAAUCUCGGCUGUUACUCUCCCAGACAACGCCAUCCGCAGGCUUAUAGGCUCCCGCAUCCAGACUUACCUGCUUGCCUUCCUCGAGUCCAGUCACAGGAGUGCUCCAACCCUGCCAGGGGGCCUAGCUCCAGUCAGCAAAGAGCUGGAAGAGAUUGCCAUGAAGUUUGGCCGUCUGGUCCACUUCAACAAGUUGGUUUAUUCCCCUUUCUACCAAAAGAUCCUUCAGGAGAUUGUGCAAGAAGGAGAAAGUAAAGACACCUAGGCUUUAACACUGAACUGUUAAUUAAAAUGGGAUCACUGUAGGUUAUCCAUGCUUUCCAUUGUAUGGCUAAAGAUAAUGUAAUAAUGACAGUAUUGUACAAUGCCAGUAUUAAUUGAUAUCAAAAUACUUAUACAACAAGCGCUGUUGCAUUCACAUGUUCUACUGCAAAGAUAGCCUGCAGAGUUCUGUCCUGCUAUCCAGGUCUGUACCCAAACAAUUUGAACUUCUACUUUUAAAAAUCCACCUCUCUAAAAACAAGUCUCUCACCGUUGCAGUCUGCUAUAGACCACCCUCUGCCCCCAGCUGUACUCUGGACACCAUAUGUGAACUGAUUGCCCCCCAUCUAUCUUCAGAGCUCGUGCUGCUAGGCGACCUAAACUGGAACAUGCUUAACACCCCAGCCAUCCUACAAUCUAAACUUGAUGCUCUCAAUCUCACACAAAUUAUCAAUGAACCUACCAGGUACUUCCCCAAAGCCUUAAACACGGGCACCCUCAUAGAUAUCAUCCUAACCAACUUGCCCUCUAAAUACACCCCUGCUGUCUUCAACCAAGAUCUCAGCGAUCACUGCCUCAUUGCCUGCAUCCGUAAUGGGUCAGCGGUCAAAUGACCUCCACUCAUCACUGUAAAAUGCUCCCUGAAACACUUCAGCGAGCAGGCCUUUCUAAUCGACCUGGCCGGGGUAUCCUGGAAGGAUAUUGAUCUCAUCCCGUCAGUAGUGGAUGCCUGGAUAUUUUUUUUAAAUGCCUUCCUAACCAUCUUAAAUAAACAUGCCCCAUUCAAGAAAUUUAGAACCAGGAACAGAUAUAGCCCUUGGUUCUCCCCAGACCUGACUGCCCUUAACCAACACAAAAACAUCCUAUGGCGUUCUGCAUUAGCAUCGAACAGCCCCCGUGAUAUGCAGCUGUUCAGGGAAGCUAGAAACCAUUAUACACAGGCAGUUAGAAAAGCCAAGGCUAGCUUUUUCAAGCAGAAAUUUGCUUCCUGCAACACUAACUCAAAAAAGUUCUGGGACACUGUAAAGUCCAUGGAGAAUAAGAACACCUCUUCCCAGCUGCCCACUGCACUGAAGAUAGGAAACACUGUCACCACUGAUAAAUCCACCAUAAUUGAGAAUUUCAAUAAGCAUUUUUCUACAUCUGGCCAUGCUUUCCACCUGGCUACUCCUACCCCGGUCAACAGCACUGCACCCCCCACAGCAACUCGCCCAAGCCUUCCCCAUUUCUCCUUCUCCCAAAUCCGUUCAGCUGAUGUUCUGAUAGAGCUGCAAAAUCUGGACCCCUACAAAUCAGCCGGGCUAGACAAUCUGGACCCUUUCUUUCUAAAAUUAUCUGCCGAAAUUGUUGCCACCCUUAUUACUAGCCUGUUCAACCUCUCUUUCGUGUCGUCUGAGAUCCCCAAAGAUUGGAAAUAGCUUUUGCAGUUAAAUUCCCAUGUACCGAAUAUAUUUUUUUUUAAACAAGUUAGUUGGGUUUUCAGCACAUUUUCACAAAAAAAGUGUUGGAUUAUAUAGUGAGUGUGCCCACUCUGGUAUUGGCAUUGCUGUUGGCUAGAGCGCAUGUAUAGUUUACAUGAUGAGAUUAUUAGGACAAAAGAGCGAGGUUAUUUGAUAUGUCAAACAGCAGCCAAGCAUCGAUGAUCAUGUCACCAGAAUGAGACCCUCAAUAUUUAUUGGAAAGGAGCAUCAAGCUCAUCACCUUGCACUUUCACCACCCUGUGAAGUUCAUUAUAAUUUAUUUAAUCUGUAGCCUAAUAAACUGCAUGCUUUCCCUACGAGUCGUAGUGGGAGGACCACAACAUGUCAUCGUUUGACUCAAUGUUUACUUCAACAUGAUGGGUAUUAUAUCAAUAUUUGCGCAAUAAAAGUGUUUCCAUUGAUAUCUCUCCCAUAAUUCAUUGUACCAACACAAAUCCCACCUUGUCUAGCGUAUUUAGUUUUGUCAACAUUUGGAAAGUUCACUGGAAAAUUGUCUGUUUCCAUAAGACCUGUCAUAACAUUUUUGUUAUCUGACAUGUACUUUGCAUAAAAAGUUUGGAUGGGAACCUGGUUAUUGACAGUGAUCAUGAUUGGUGCCUUGCAUACCUUCAUGUGACCAGCUGUAGAUUCAUGAUUUGGUAAUUGUUUAAACAUGUUUAGAAACAAAUAUGAAAGGAAAAAAGGUAAUACUGAAACAUACAAUCAAUCAAAUGUAUUUACAAAGCCAUUUUUAUAUCAGCAGACACAAAUAUACACGCUAUACAGAAACCCAGCCUAAAACGCCAAACCGCAAGCAAUGCAAAUGUAGAAGCAUGCUGGCAGGAACCUAGGAAGAAACCUAGAGGAACCAGGCUCAAAUGGGUGACCAGUCCUCUUCUGGCUGUGCCAGGUGGAGAUUAUAAGAGUACAUAGCCAUUAAGGCCAGAUUGGUCUUCAGUAUGUUGAAAUGUUCUUAGAUGAUCAGCUGGGUCAAAUAAUAAUCACAGUGGUUGUAGAGAGGUUGCAACAGUUCAGUACCUCAGGAGUAAAUGUCAGUUGGCUUGUCAUGGCCAAGCAUUCAGCAGUGGUGUUAAGUACUUAUGUUUUUGGGCGGUAUCUCUACUAUACUAUUUAUAUUUUUGACAACUUUUACUUCACUACAUUCCUAAAGAAAAGAAUGUACUUUUUCCCCCCCAUAUAUUUUCCCUGACACCCAAAAGUACUCAUUUACAUUUUGACAGGAAAAUGAUCCAAUUUACGCAAGAGAAGAUCCCUGCUCAUCCCUACUGCGUCCGAUCUGGCGGUCUCACUAAAUACAUACUUAAUUUGUAAAUUAUGUCAGUGUCGGAGUGUGCCCAAGGCUAUCUGUCUGCUUUGCUUACUAUAAGGAAUUUGAAAUUAUUAAUAGUUUUACUUUUGAUACAUAAGUAUAUUUAAAACCAAUAAUUUUAGACUUUUACUCAAUUAUUAUUUUAAUGGGUGACUUUUACUUGAGUCAUUUUAUAUUAUGGUACCUUUACUUUUACUCAAGUAUGACGUUUGAAUAUUUUUUCCACCACUGGCAUUCAGAGGUUGAGACAGCAGAUAUGGAGAGCGAGAGUGUCUAAAACGCCAUGUUUUUACAAGCUCUGUUUGCUUUUUGGCAAACCAGGUUUCCAUCCAACCUUUUUAUGUGAGUAAAGUACAUGUUGGAUAAAAAAAAUGUAAUGACAGGCCUGAUGGAAACAGCAAAUUUGUCUGUAAACUUUUCAUAUCUCAAUAAAACAAAAUACGCUAGACAAGAGGUGGUGGAAUCCUUUUGUGUCUGAAAUGCAUUAUGCGAGAAAUGGCAGUGGAAAUGUUUUUAUGUGCAAAUAUUGAUAUAAUAACCAUCAUAUUGGAGUCACGUAAUGAUCUUUGUGAUCCUCCCACUACGAGUCGGGAAAGCAUGCAAUGUAUUAGUUAGGCUACAUAAAAUAAAAAUUAUACAAUUGUAUUUAGCCUUUAUUUAACAAGGUAGGCCAGUUGAGAACAAGUUCUCAUUUACAACUGUGACCUGGCCAAGAUAAAGCAAAGCAAUGCGACACAAACAACAAUACAGAGUUACACAUGGAAAAACAAACGUACAGUCAAUAACGCAAUAGAAACAUCUAUAUACAGUGUGUGCAAAUGAGGUAAGAUUAGGGAGAUAAGGCAAUAAAUAGGCCAUAGUGGCGAAGUAAUUACAAUUUAGCAAUUAAACACUGGAGUGAUAGAUGUACAGAAGAUGAAUGUGCAAGUAGAGAUACUGGGGUGCAAAGGAGCAAAAAAACAAUAUGGGGAUGUGGUAGUUGGAUGGGCUAUUUACAGAUGGGCUAUGUACAGGUGCAAUGAUCUGUGAGCUGCUCUGACAGCUGAUGCUUAAAGUUAGUGAGGGAGGUAUGAGUCUCUAGCUUCAGUGAUUUUUGCAAUUCAUUCCAAUCAUUGGCAGCAGAGAACUGAAAGGAAAGGCGGCCAAAGGAGUAAUAGGCUUUGGGGGUAACCAGUGAAAUAUACCUGCUGGAGCGCGUGCUACGGGUGGCUGCUUCUAUGGUGAACAGUGGGCUGAGAUAAGGCGGGGCUUUACCUAGCAGACUUAUAGAUGACCUGGAGCCAGUGGGUUUUGCGACGAAUAUGAAGCGAGGGUCAGCCAACGAGAGCAUACAGGUCUCAGUGGUGGGUAGUAUAUGGGGCUUUGGUGACAAAACAGAUGCCACUGUGAUAGACUGCAUCCAAUUUGCUGAGUAGAGUGUUGGAGUGGCUAUUUUGUAAAUGACAUCGCCGAAGUCAAGGAUCGGUAGGAUAGUCCGUUUUACAAGGUAUGUUUGGCAGCAUGAGUGAAGGAUGCUUUGUUGUGAAAUAGGAAGCCGAUUCUAGAUUUCAUUUUGGAUUGGAGACCGAUGAAAGCUAUGAACUUCACUGGGUGGUGAAAGUGCACGGUGAUGAGCUUGAUGCUCAUUUCCAAUACCCAAUACCUAUCGGGGGGGGGGGGGUCUUGUUCUGUUGACAUGAUAAUUGAUGCUUGUCUGCCGUUUGACAAAUUAAAAUAAUAUCUCACUCUUUUGUUCAUAAUAAUCUUAUCAUGUAGUAGGCUAUACCCACACUGUAUCUGCGAGUGCGAGCUGUUGGCUAGAGCGCACAUGCACUUGCCAGAAUGGGACGUUCGCAAUGUUACACAAAAUGUUUUGUGACAAAACCAUCAGUAGAGUUGCAAAUGUGAUGGAAAUGUUUUACUCGCCAUUUGGCACGGCCAUUUAUUGGCCACUAGCCAAUUGGAUGGAAACGUCUGUGGUGGGAAAAUGUACAUAUUGUUUUUAAGAAUGUUUGAAUAUUGGCAUUUAAAAUCUGUCCCCAAUUGGAUGGAAACCUAGCUAUAGAUGCAGAUAAAACCAGUCGUGCAUGCAAAUGUGUAUAUACUGUAAGAGCUUGAUGUUACUGUUUAACUUAUUGUUUUCUCAACAUCUACUGCAUGUCCAUCAAUCUUUUGACUCAUUCCAUGCAACAUUAACGCUCCUUCAAUGCAUAGCUGCGGGAAAUAGGGGUGCCGAGGGUGCUGCAGCACCCCCUGAAAAAGAUGGGGGGGAAAAUUAGAUUAAUUAAAAUAUACACUACCAAUGAAAAGUUUGGACACCUACUCAUUCAAGGGCUUUUCUUUAUUUGUACUAUUUUCUACAUUGUAGAAUAAUAGUGAAGACAAUAAUAUUGAAGACAUUGUGGAGGCCAGGUCAGCUGAUUCAGCACUCCAUCACAUUUUUGCAAAAAACUCAUCUCUUUUUGCCUUGUUAUUAUGGGGUAUUGUGUGUAGAUUGAGGGGAAAAACAACAACAAUUUAAUCAAUUUUAGAAUAAGGCUGUAACAUAACAAAAUGUGGAAAAAGAAGUCAAAGGGUCUGAAUACUUUAAGUGCACUGUAAGUAUUUUCUUUUUUUGUAGGCAGGUAUCCUAGUGGUUAAGAGUGUUUGGCUAGUAAAAGAAAGGUCACUGGUUGGAAUCCCAAAGCCGACUCGGUGAAGAAUCAGUUGAUUUGCCCUUGAUUUGCCCACGUAACCCCAAUUGCUACUGUAGGUUUCUCUGGAUAAGAGAGUCUGCUAAAUGACUCAAAUGUAAUGAUCAGCUCGUCAAAAAUUGAAGGAUGCAAACUUGAAACCACUUUUCAUGACAAUUUAGCCCACGGCGGAAAGCUCCUGGACAGCAGUUGUGAGUAGCCUGAUUAUCCAUUCCAUAUUGUCCAUUUUACUUUGACCUGUCCUGUUUUUAGGAUCUGUUUUUUGGCAACUUGUCAGAAAUGUUUAUUUUUAUUGGGCACCAUUUAUGUUAGACAUAUCAUGCAGAUUUAUCAGAUCAAAUUACAUUGUCAUACAAUUUUAUCUCCAGCCUGUAGGCCACAGAAAAGGCCACAUAUUCUUUCUGCCAUAUUUGAUAUCUGCUAUGAUUUAUGUCAGAUUAUUUGUCGUUGUUGGCGGAACGUUGGAGAGUGGCAGUGAUGCAGUUGUCCAACAGCACCAUGGAGACGCACGCUGGGAAUGGACAAGCAACAUUUCUUGCGCCCCUGCCUUUGACAAAGUGGCCACUGUGUAUUACACGGCGGCAUCAGCACUCACUUAAAAAGCCCAUAUGCCACAGGUUGAGAGAAAUUGUCAUUGUUUUUGUGCAGAAUUAUGUGAGGUUUUUGUGUUGUUGAAGGUGUGUCUUGAUCAGUUUAGCUCAGAAAUUGCCACCUUCAAUCUGCCGCCAUUAGGCGGCCGCAUAAUCCUGCCUAAUGAGCAGACAGGCCUUGCCUGUAUUAGUGGACGGAUACAGCAGUCUGUAACACGAGAAGAAAUGUUUUUCUCCCAAAUUUGCAGCACCCCCACCCCCAAACAUCUUCCCGUGGCUAUGCUUCAAUGUAUUGUUACAAAGUGUUAUCACAUCAAUGUUACUUAUUUUGUGUAAGGCUGUAAUUACCUAUCAGCAAUGUUCAGCACCGAACAUGAAGCACUCAAUAAAACCUGUGAAUAUUUA